AUGGCGUCGAAUGUUAGAGACUUUUUAUUUGAACCAUUUAAAGUUAUUGAAGUUAAAUUUGAAGGACGUAAAUGGCCUAGACCUAGAAGUGGACAUAGAAUUAUUUGUGACGAUGGAAAUGUGUACUGUUUUGGAGGUUACAACCCUUCUUUAUUAUUAAAAGAAAUACAGCUUAACAGUUCCACAUGGUCACCCACAAAACCACUAUUUAGGGAAUUGUGGAGUUUUAAUGUAGCCACAAGAUUAUGGAAGGAACAUGAUAUAACUGAAAAUAUGCCUGAAGAACUAGCUUCGAAUGCUAUGUGCAUCAAUGGCAGAUAUAUUAUGAUACAUGGUGGCACUGGUUUUCACUUUGGUAACAAAUGCAGUAAUGAUGUUAUAGUAUGGAAUACUAAAUGUUGUAAUAAUACCCUAGAAGUUCUGGAAGUAACAGGUGCUAGGCCACCUGGGCAAUAUGGGCAGUCUAUCUUGUGCCACAAUAGCUAUUUUUAUACUGUAGGAGGAACAAAUGGUCAUGAAUACAAUUGUGAUAUUCACAGAUUAGAUUUACGUACUAGGACAUGGGAACCUGCAUUUUUAGGCACAGGACAAGAUUAUGAACCACAAGGAAGGUAUAGACAUGAAAUGGCUAAAGCUGAUAACAAACUUUAUAUCAUUGGCGGAGGCACCAAUGAAAUGGCCUUUGAACUUAUGGAAAUCCCUAUGUUUGACUUAGAUAACAAUACUUGGUCAUACUUAUUACCAAAACCUGAUGAUAGUUUAGAGAAAACCAUUGCACCAUUGCCAAGAAAGUGUCAUAGUGCAGUUCAAAUUGAUACAGAGAGUGGUGUUCAAGUUUUUGUUGUUGGGGGGAGUGACAGUGAAUCAGUGUUUAAUGAUGUUUGGCGGUUAGAUUUACCUGAACUCCAGUGGCAUUUAAUGCAAAAAAGUGUUCUUCCUAAUCCAUUAUACUUCCAUUCAUCUGCAGUCACUUCAUACGGAUGUAUGUAUAUAUUUGGCGGCAUAGAAUCAUUACAGAAUGCAACAUGUAGAAAGAAUAAGUUAUAUAAAAUGUGGCUGUGUAUUCCAAAAUUAAGUGAAAUGUGUUGGGAAGCACUCCAUAGUUGUUAUCCAAAAGUUGCAACACUCAAAAAACAGCAACUACUUGACAUAGGUAUUCCCCAACACAUUGUCGAUAGAGUGCAUACUGGUUAA